GAAAUGUCAUUCAUGGUCUUUACUCUUCUUCCAUUCCCCUCGCCACAAACAUAUCACUCGUCCCAUAGCCUGGAAAAGUUUUGCAAACAAAACAACAUCUCUUGGGCAUACCAUUUCAAUGUCGUCCAUAUACUUCACCGUAACUACACAAUUUAUUUUGAUUCCAAAUACACUUCUUCUCUGUUUUUUUUUUAUUUCAACAGAAAAGGGUACUAAAAUGUUGUAAAAAAGAGAAUCAUAACCGCAUGAAACAGAGUUGUUCAAGCUCGUUCCGUCACCCAACACCGUCAAGACCAAGCCUACUCCGGAGCGCCCCGCGGCCACAGACGCUGGCUUCCGAAGUUCCGAUUCCAAACCUUCGCUGCCGUCACUGCUCAAGACACCGCUGUCUCAAAUUCCGAACCACCACGAACUACCCCUCACUCAUGUCUGAGGGAACCGUCAUCCCUUUUAACAUAUCCAUCAACACCAAGAACCAGUUUCAUUGACGAGCCACUAAAGCUUGAAACUUUCAUAGGGUUUUC